CCGCCGUGUUGAAGAGACGUCGGGACGCUCUGUAUCUACUGGACGCUCCGUCAUGCCGCGUCGACGGCCUUUCCCUCUCAUAAAAUGUGAAAGUGACCUUUAAAAAAUCUCCAAAAAUUGCAAAAUGGACACCACCAGUGAAUCUAACUCCAUCAAGUCGAUCGGAACCCCCACGUCCCUGAAAACUCCGAACUCGACGUCUCCUUCGAGGAAGCAAGUCGGUUUCAAGAAAGCCAGACCCCGAUUGAUCAUCCCUCCGCCGCAGGAGUUUCGGAUUCCACCUCAGUACGUGGGGACUGCAGGGGUUCCAGGAACUGCCCAGUACACGGCCUAUCCUGCGUAUUUCAAGAAGCAGUCGACGUUCAUCUUCGAUCAGUUGCAUGGGAUCAAGGACCUGACCAAGUCGGGACUCGGUGUUGGUGAAAAGUGCGCUUAUUGGUUAUAUAAUAAGUUAAAAAAGUGGAGCAGACAAUGGUUUACGCACAUGUUUUUGAGCAUAAUUCUGGUGCUUUAUACUAUCGGGGGAGCUUUCAUCUUCGAGGCUAUAGAAGGCGCCCACGAAAUCGCAAAAAACAAUAAAACAGAAGUCAGCCUCCAGCCCGUUGACGUAAGAUCUUCGAGGAACAAGUUAAUCAGAGAGUUAAGAGACUUAUCGCUACGGUUACCGAAUAGUACAGACGACGGCCAGUGGACCAAAGAAGCUCAAGAACUUUUCGAGCAACACAAAGAGGUGUUGAUCGACAAUGAACAACGGAAGAGAGAAAUGGAGAAGGAACAUAAGAAGAAGUGGUCGUUCUCGAAUGCUGUCGUUUACUGCGGCACCGUUUACACCAGCAUAGGCUAUGGACACAUCUACCCAGAAACCGCUUCUGGCAAAGCAAUAACUAUCGUCUACGCCCUGAUCGGAGUGCCUCUUUUCCUUAUCGCCUUAACUGAUUUCGGCAAACUCUUUACGCGCUGUAUUAAGUUCCUAUGGUCUUUCGUUCGCCGAGUGUAUUACACCGGAAGCUGCCGCAAAGUCCGGAAAACCGCUCACGUCGAAGAUAUCUUCAAAGGCGCCCAGAAAAUGUACGAAAUCGCAACUUUCCGCCGAGUUUCGACCAUGGUCGACCCAGAAAACCCAGAUAGACCGCCUACCACCCAACUGGAAACGCCCGUCACGCCAGCAAUAUCGAACUUCGAGAUCGACGAUGAGUUCAACCUUCCGAUCUCACUUGCCAUUUUCAUUCUCAUACUUUAUAUCUUCUUAGGCGCUUUGAUUUACUGCGUCUGGGAAGGCUGGCCUUUCUUCGAUUCUUUCUAUUUUGUGUUUAUUUCCAUGACCACUAUAGGGUUCGGUGAUAUGGUUCCUGACGAUCCCGCGUGUAUGAUUGUCUCGAUUGUGUACUUAGUUUUUGGGUUGGCUCUCAUGUCGAUGUGUAUUAAUGUUGUGCAAGUGAAACUGAGUGACACGUUCAAGCAGGCUUCCUGUAAAAUUGGAGCCACUAUUGGUAUUUCUGUUGCCGAAGACGACGGCAGCAUAACGACGGUGCCUCCAGAUAAUGUAGAAUUGCCAGCUGUGCACGAUGCCAAUAAAAAUUUGGCGAACGGAACGCCGUCUGAACCGAGUGAUAUAAAAGAUGAGAAGGAAAAUGGAGACGAUAAAAGUGACGAAAAAGAAAUUACGUGAGAGGACUUUUAUGGGAGCUUAACUUUUCCUACUUGUUUUUCGCCGAAUUAUAUAGAUGUAGGAGCAAGCUUUUUGAUUGCAUUUUUAUUUUUCAAGAAAUGAUCUUAAUACGUUGUAAAUAUAUUGACAAUUUCUUUAUUGUACGUACUUUGAAAUAAUGUCUAUUAUUGUAUCAACAAUAACAUGUCCAGAAUGUCGAGAGUGUGAUAAUUUAGAUGAGAGAUCUUCCGGUGCUGUAUAUUUACUGUUUGCUAUCAGACUAUUUACUUUUUAACAAUAAAAUUUAUUAUAAUGUU